AUGCGGUGCGGCAAAGCUGCUUGGCUUUACGGCUGUAACUUGGUACUUCUCAUAUCUGUCAUUCUCUUUCUUGUGGCUACCACCUUUAUGCUGACAAAUCCACUGUUCGUAUUGAUCCCAAUUCACAAGUACGACCCGUAUGUCAUCGGUUAUUGUCUCAUCAAUGUUUGCUUGGCCUUUCUUUGUGUCUCAUCAAUUGUCGCCAUUCGACAACGACAAAUUGCCAUUGUUGUUUUCUGUCAUUGGUUGACAUGUUGCACACUGGUAAUCGAUGCCGUCAUGGUUUUCGUGUUCGCAAAUCUCAUGUCCACCGCGCACACUUCGCUCCAUUCCCACAUUCAAGUACUCCAUCAGAGCAGCAAAACUCUUUGUCCAGUCUGGGACAACGCCUAUCAAGCUUUGACCUGCUGCCCACCGACAGAAGUUCUGAAGACCUGCUCAGAUUUUCUCAACAUCACCAAGUUAUUCUGUCCGAUCGACAAUUCAAACGAUUGUCAUGUUCAUAUCAAGAAGUGGCUCCAUUCUAAUACCGAAAUCGUUGGUUGUCUGGCAUUCUGUAUCAUGGCCCCCGUGAAACUUUUCAUGACUGCUGCUCUUCGUAAGGAUAUUGAAAAAGUCGAGACAGAGAUGGCUGAAUUGGAAUACUACUCGCAAAUGAUCAAUGACUACGAUCGACACGGAGAUGGAUACAUUGAGAGCUUCAAGAGCAAUGCGAACUUGGCUGAAAGCACUUCAACGCAAUCAUCAAGAGUGAGCCGUGUUCGGAGCUUCCCUGGAUAUUCUCCAUUCUUGAAACACUCUGUCAUUGAGGAAGUCGAGAACGAGUUUACCGUUCGUGGAGAUGAAAUCAGAGAGGAACUACAACAAGCUAUUGCUGCACAUAAUGCUAGACAACUUGAAACCGCUACUCUUCAAGAUUAA